CGUGGGGGGGCGCGGGCCGGCGGCUCCGACGCAAUGCGUCUGGCUGAUUGCGCCGGCGUGCCGGUUCUUUGGCCGGGGGAUUCCGAUUUAGAUGCGCUUGCGUGCGCGCGGCUGAUGGGGGGCGUGCGGAUUUGGUUUGGGGGCGGACCCGCGAUCGGACGCCGGUGUCGCCCCGAUUGGGCGGCUCUGGUGCUUGGAAUGGAGGGAUAUCGUUGGGUGAUAGGGAAUCGGGCCCUGAUUUUGGCUUCGUUUGCUUGCCACCCUGCUGAUGUACGGCGAUAGGUAGGCUGUUAGGUAUUUCUUGAAUUGGGGGGCGGUGGUAGUACAGGGGGGCAUCAGAAUUGGAAUUUGAUCCUUGGAAAAUGGUUCAGAUGUUUCUUGGGUUGGUUUACCAUGGAACUAGGGAACUUUGGACUUGAUUUUUAUUCACUUGAUGAUUUGCUUUGUGCAAGAAUUCUCAUGGAUAGGUUCAGGCAUGUGCAGUGGGAUCUGAUUUCCUCCAUGAAAAAUCUGUUGCAGGAUUCUUAAUAGGUUGUAAGUUAGCUGACCAUUUUUCUUCAGGGGGUUUGUGUUGUUUAGGUUUAUAUGCUGGCAGAGUCCUUUAUUUACUAGUGUGCAAAAGUCAAAUUUAUUAGACGGUGCUACCGCACUUCCGCGCGAAUCCAUCAUCUUCUUGUUAUACCUGGCAUGCCGUGCAUGACCAGGCCCAGGGUCGUUCGUGCGCGGGAAUGAUGGGCGAACGUUAAGAUUCCCAUAUUUGUUCAUGCUGGGAUCUUGAAAAAGAUAUUAGAAUGCUGAGAAUUAGUUGUUUCCCAUUAUGAAUUAGUUUACUCGGAUUUCAUAGGUGCAAUGCUGCUAUUUACACUGAUGUUAUAUCCCUGCCAUAGCCUGUGACCGGCCUGCAAUUCAUUUUGUCAAUUUACCUUACCCAUCAAUUUGCCUUAACAGAUUAUGAAUUAAUCCAUUUAUUCUGUGUGUAAUUCUUCCCCAUCUUACAUAAUCCAUUUGCGCCAUACUGUAUUUUUUAUUGGAUGCCAUAUCGAUAUGUACAAAUGCCAGCCUUUGUCACCGGAAAACCAAUGUAUUGUUAAAAGCUGUUUUCCAUUUUACUAAGUUGCAAGUGGCAUAAAAUUUGUGUGGUUUUGUUUCCAUGGAAGGCUUCCAUAGUUUUUAUCAAACCGUUGCCUUUUCACUUCAUCAAGUUAGUACUCACCUAUGAGUACACCUCCCCAGGACAUGCUCCUCAAUGGUAAUAUUUGUAACCUCUUGCUUUGGUUUCCAUUCCAGCGAGCAGCGAUGCCGGCCACUCUGAGCCAUCAUGCAGCACACCUGUCUAUCAGAAGGUGUUUCGCCCUGUUACUCGGUCUAUGACCCGUAUACCUCCUGCGGUUGCUGCUACACCUGAUGCGAAGAAAAGAGUCGAUAGCACAAGCAGCAAUAGAAGUACUCCAGAUGCUCGCUUUAGUAUUCAGUUAGCUGCAGCACGGCCCACUGCAACCCGUGCUCGAACCCCUCAGGAAGUGACUAAAUCUGCUUGGAGACCUCUUACUCAGCCUGCUGUUCUGAGUGAAGACCUGAAGCGAGCAAGUACUCCUGCAGCCAACCCUAAUGCCAAGCGGUCCAGAGUUACUAACUCACAGGCUGCUAAAGAUUCAGCUUCUAAAGUUAAUCAAAAUGUUCGCAGUGGUAAAAAGAACAGAAACGAAGAAUGCGCUAGUCAGGGUGAUCAAUCAGAUGGUGCUGUCAUCCCAUCUCCACCAAAGAAGCUGCAGAGUGGCAAGGGCUCUUCUAAUCUAGUUUCAAAAAGGAAAAGCACUAUCAGAAGCAAGGGUGCUAAAUUAGCUGCUCCGCUGCUUAUGGGGAAUCCAGGAACUGAACUUGGAAAGGAUCCUGCCAGUGUUGAUUCCUUGCCUGCACAGCAGCUGCAACUUGAGAUUGCAAAGAAGUCGGAUGCCAUUACAGAAGCUAUUGCCAGUGGAACUAGCCAAGUCAAACAGUCAGUUGGUGCAGCCAACACAGAAGCUAUUUCCAGUGGAACAAGUCAAGUCAAUCAGUUGGUUGCUCCAGCAGUUACAGAUGCUGUUGUCAGAGGAAAAAGGCAGGCUGAUCAGUUGGUUACUCCAGUCAUUACAGAUGCUGUUGUCAGAGGAAAAAGGCAAGCUAAUCAGUUGGUUACUCCAGUCAUUACAGAAGCUAUUGGCAAUAGAAGAACACGGCAGACCAGUCAGCCGGUUGCCCCAGUCAUUACAGAAGCUAUUGGCAACAGGGCAACCCAGGUCAAUCAGUUUGUUGCUCCAGUCGUUACAUUGCCAAGACAACAAUUACAAAACAAUAUUCAACAGAAGCUUAGCAAGAUAACUCUGCCCACAAGCCAGGCCAGCGUCCUGGCUGGUGCUACUGGCCCAAUGGUGGUACCAAAGCUAGAAAUCGGGAAUGCAAAUGAGUCUUCCCAUGCUGUGUCGAGUGCUGCUUACAGGAGGGCACUGUUAAUCAAGCAGCAAGAGCAGCUUCUGCAGCAAUAUAAGUUGGUGAAUUCGCAAGCGCAGCUUCACAUCAAGGGUCCUGCUCUGUUUGAGGAUGAUGAAGCGCCAGAGACAGAGCCGCUGGGAACAAGGUGCGUGCUCUGCAAGCUCGACCUUGCGUUUGAGGCUCAUGGGGGCGCCGCCCACGAUGCCUCCGCUCCCCCUGUCAUCGCUGUCCUUAGAUGCCACCAUACAUUCCACAGCAGCUGCAUCGAGGACGUCUACGGCCUCGCUGAGCCCGCGCAGUGUAUUGCGUGCCUCGACUGCGAGACAGCACACUGAUCUUCAGCCAGUAGCACCGAUCUGUGUGGCUGAGCUGCGGUGUAGGGGCUUGAAAAGAAGGGUUCUGUUAGAAUGCAUAUAUAGAUGGAGUGUUGUUGUCUCUUCUGUGCUGGUAGAAAUAUUAUGUGGUGGCUUGCUUGGCUCAGAUCAAAGUCGAAUUACCCCUUUUGCCCUUUCGCUUUCGGUGGUGUAAUUAGCAUUAGCAGGCUUUUGAUUUUGAUGGGCAGCCAGUUAAACCGUCGGACACCAUGGAUGCUUCCUUUUCAUAGAUAUAUAUACAUAUUGACCUGCA